CCUCCUUCAGAGCGAGCCCGGGAUUACCUGCACAAGACUGGACGCUUCAUCGUCAUUGGUGGCAUUGUCUCACCCGUGCACGACUCCUAUGGGAAGACGGGUCUGGUCUCAAGCCGGCACCGCCUGACCAUGUGCCAGCUGGCUGUCCAGUCCUCCGACUGGAUCAGGGUGGACCCCUGGGAGUGCUACCAGGACACCUGGCAGACCACCUGCAGCGUGCUGGAGCACCACCGUGACCUGAUGAAGAGAGUGACUGGCUGCAUCCUCUCCAAUGUCAACACCCCCUCCAUCACCCCCGUGAUCGGCCAGCCCCAGAACGAGUCCUCGCAGACCAUCUACCAGAACAACAACAACGUCUCCAACAAGCCCACUGCGGCAAAGAUCCUGGGGAAGGUGGGAGAAAGCCUGAGCCGGAUUUGCUGCGUUCGCCCGCCCAUGGAGCGCUUCACCUUUGUGGAUGAAAAUGCCAACUUGGGGACAGUGAUGAGAUACGAGGAGAUUGAGCUUCGCAUCUUACUGCUCUGUGGCAGUGACUUGCUGGAAUCCUUCUGCAUCCCUGGUCUCUGGAACGAGGCAGACAUGGAAGUGAUCGUUGGGGAGUUCGGGAUCGUGGUGGUGCCUCGGGAUGGAGCAGACCCCGACCGGAUCAUGAACCACUCUUCCAUACUCCGCAAGUACAAAAACAACAUCCUGGUGGUGAAGGACGACUCAAACCACCCCAUGUCAGUUGUCAGCUCCACCAAAAGCAGACUGGCCCUGCAGCAUGGGGAUGGACACGUCGUGGAUUACCUCUGCCAGCCUGUCAUCGACUACAUCCUCAAGAGCCAGCUCUACAUCAACGCCUCUGGCUAAGCGCCAGAGGUCUUGCAGCGAGACAGCCCUCGUGUCCCGCCUGCCUACAGCUCUCCAUCACUCUUUUCUCUCUCUCUCUCUCUCUCUCUCAAGUCUGUGUCUCCAUCUCUCUCCCCACCCCAUGGCCUCCUGCCCAUGUCUGCCUUUCACCCCCGGCGCCAACGCUCCAUCGUGCAGCAAUGUCCAGGGAACCGCAGCAUGGCCCCAAGGGGAACAGUUUGGUCUCUUUUUUCAGGGGGCUGCCCUCCCUCUCACAGUGGGGAAGGUAGAAGGGACCGGUAAAAGAGCGAUGUGCUCGGUGCGCUCGAGGGGAGGCAGCUCCAGCACCCCCCUCCCAGCAUGUCACUGGGAAAUGGUCCCCCCGGUCCGUCCUCCCAGCAUGCUCAGAGCAGGGGCUUCCUCUUCUGCAUCAUCUUACGGUACUUAAGCUCAAUAAAUCUAGGAGGACUCUUUUUUUCUUAAAUAGUUCUAGUGCAAGCCCUUUUGACCUCUCAACACGAUGACCAAACGAAUCCUGGUUGGCAGCGGGCAGUUGUAACUCAACUGGAUUGGUGCCCCACCACAGGUGAACCUCCUCAGGCCAGGAGGACAACUCAGCUGAAAAAAAUAAUCAUCCUGGCCCUGAAAAAUCAUGGCAAGGGCAUUUCUGAAGGGGAGUAGAGGCCUUGGCAAGUAUUGCUGCCAAAGCAUUACAGGGGGGAUGCCAUGUCUCACCUUUCCUUGGCUGCAAGUGAACCCAACCUACCCCACUUAGGCAAGUGGAGUUGGAGUGAUGCUCUACUCUGACCCAGCGUCAGAGGGGGCAGCCCACGGCACCUAGAAAAGGACCUGACAUUUAUGAAGCCAAGAAACAAGGGAGGAAGAAGCAGGUGGUGACCUAAAGCCUCUUGUGAGAAUUUGCCCCAAACCUGGGGCUGAGCUUCAUGAGGGCUGAGUCCGCCCCCAUCCUCUAGCCUUCAGAUCUCCAUUUCUGUCUGUAAACGUCCCCUUUGUCCCUCCACUCCUCCCCUCUUCCUCUCCUUGACGAGUUUAUUAAAUGCAUGAUACUUUUCCCCCCUCCCAAACCGGCUGUGGCUACUUUACACAUCCCUUGGGACGUGCCAGGCUCCUGCUGUCCUGCCUGUGACGUGCUCCCAGACGCCAGGGAAGGAGCCCAGUGGAGACACUUGCAUUAAAACCAGGGCAGAUAACAUGGAGAAAAAGAAAAUUAUUUAAGUCUUGUGGAGAUGAAGGUUGCUGAAGUGGGCCAUUGCCCUGCUGAGCACCCCUAGGGUGGAAGGACCCUGCGCAGCACCUGGGAAAGGUCACAGCCACACGGAGGAAGGUACAGUCCUGCUUUACUCCUCAUCUUUUCCUCUCCCUUUGCUCUGUCUAACCUUGUAUGGCUUUGGGUGUAGCCCUGCUGCCUAUAGCUCCUGGGCAGAUGCCCACUCCCAACAAAUUUGGGUUAAUUGGGCUCAGGCUAGAGCCCCCCACUGAGGCACAACCACUGCCCAUGCUGGCUUUGUGGCUUUCCCAGGGCAGUGCUGUGACUAGCUUCUGCUCCCCAGCGAGGGACAGUGCAGCGAUGAGACACCCAAAGGCUGAGAGUCCUCCAGGGUGUUUCAGGAAAACAUUGAUUUAUUUAUUUGUUUUUCUUCCUUGACCAUCUACGAAAGGUCACAAACUGCUCUCAUGUAAGCUUCAAAGAAGAGACGCUGUACUAAAUUUGAUGACCACCUGGAUGCUGCUGGCAUGUCUGUAACAGCAAGCAACUUUGGGCAAAACAAGGUAGCUUACGGCCACAGGCUUCUUGCAGCUAGCAGGGUUUUGGUGGGCUAAUGGUUCCUCGAGGAGGGCACAGCCCUUCACAGAAGGGAAAGCAGGAGAGACAGAAGUGAUGUGGCUUACCCAAAGGCCAGAAGAGGUCUUUCCUUGCCAGGGAUUUCCCUCUGAAUGGAAAGGCUUGUUCAGGAACUGUGGUAAAUUUGGCAGCUGAAUCCCUAAGCAUCAGCUCUGAUAUCUCCAGGCAGUACCCCAUGGGGUGAGGAGACAGGGAGAUGCCAAAGCAGAGAGGGCAAUGAGAGCAUGCAGGACUUGGAGUGAAGGGACACCUCUUCUCCAGGGAGAUCUUCAGCCUAUUCAGGCUGCUCACCACCACUCUACUGAGCUCCUUAGCUAACAUGCUGGGCAGGUGCCCAGGGUGGGACAUCCAUGAAAUACCCAAUGGAGGUAAGCCAGUAGCUAGACUCCUCUCCACCCAUUGUUCUCACAUGUUCAGUUUUUCAGUCUCUCCUCCCUCUCCAGCCCAAAACAGAAGUUAUUUCUGAUAACAGCCUCCUGUUCUUGCCAGACAUCACCCCUGCUUCUUAGCUCCAAGCUAGAGGAGAAAAAGCAACGGUAGCAACCAGCCUCCAAAACAUACACACACACGCAGAGAGAGGGAUUUCAACCUCCUUGGGGAAGCGAUGCCUCUUUGAAGGGGGAGGAAGGACAGUAGGGUUUAACUGAGGAAAAGGCACAAGGAAGUACAACAAAGGAGAUGGAGAAGGCAGACAGGCGGCAUGUCCAAGAGCCAUCUCAGACCCUUCCUCCCUCAGGUAUGUGAGAUGGGACACAGGGGAAGGGAGACAGCUUCCCACCCCGUUGCGGUUAGGACAGCAUGCCUUAGAGACGUAGCGUUGUGGUACAGAUGAUGAGUAUAUUCUGUCUUACUAUUCUUACCUGCGCCUUCGUGUGUCUGCUCAGUAAAACUCACAGUAUGGGGGGGUGGGGUGGGACAUGGGGGUUUGUAACAGGUCACUCAGCUCUGGACUGGUUUGGAAAAUGUCUUUGGGUGGGUAUGGAAAAAACAUCAUAAUCCCUGAAGAACCAUGAGGCCAUCGGGGAGGUGAGGACCCAGGGUUUCCAGGGCACAGGAGAGAGGGGUGGGAAGAAGCUUGUGGAUUUUGGUCUUUGAACCUCCACUUUUAAACAGUGCAGUUUGCUGAAAGAGAAAUGAACUUCAAAAGCCUUUUGGAGAUUAAAAAAAAAAAAUAAGGGGGGAGGGAGGGAAAGGGGUUGAAGUUGCCAUGCCACCAAUUUCACCUUUGUCGGAAGUUUUGGAGCCUAAUUUUUUUUUCUUAUGUUGCUAUAUGGAAAAAAAAACAGUCAUUGACAAAAAGAAACCAACUUUAUCAGCAAAAUGUUUAAAUUAUGUAAUAAACAAAACAAAACAGAA